AUGGCAAAGCAUUUACAACAGAAGAAAUCCAAGAAGUUACGAAAGUUGAUUCUUGGAAAUAUUUCAACAGAUGAAGAAGAAGUCAUUCCUGACACUCCGGAAGCAAUUUUGGUUGGUGAAAAUUUGAAGGCUGAUGACAUCAAUGUAAACAUAUCUAAUACGGGUACAAAUGUCAUUAUGGGUUUAGAUAAUGCGAAGCCUGAUGAUUCUGAAAAUGCAAAGAUUAAGAGUCCAAAAACUACGAAGGGUGAUGAUCAAGGUAUUGUUAUUCCAACUUCUGAAAUCAUUGUGCCGUUACCUCCAAUUACCUCUACCACUUAUUCACCUACUUUCGAAAACAUCAUCAAUACCCCUUUUACUUCACUCUUUUCAUCUCAAUCCACCGAUCCACCAAAAACAACCUCACCUGCUGAUGAAACAAUGGAAAAUGAAACUGAUACUAAAGGUUUUGGAGGAACCUUUGAAGCAUUAAAGUUUGAUGACACAGAAGAAGAGUUUCCAGAUCACAUGUUGAUGACCAUGAAGCAAUUCAAAAUUCAAAAUUCAAAGUUGAGCUCGAUUUUUCAAACUCAGGCUGAUAUAGAAGGUAGUUCAUCUGUUUCAAGUUUGGAGGUGGAUUCUAUGUUGAAAGUCUUUGAAGGACGUGUUACAACCAAAGUUUCUGGGAUGAUAAGGGAAUCUAAAGCAAGGGUGUUAGAGAAAGUUGAUUUUAAUGAUCAAACAAAUGAUAAUAGAAUGAGUUCUCAAAGAAAGGAUUUCUUACACGAAGUGAAGGACUUGAAAGCUGUCACAAGAGAAAGGCAUGUUUUGUAUGUUCAAGAAGUAAAGAAAGUUCGUGAAGAUGUUAAUCUACAAAUUGCAGAACUUCGGGAAGAUAUGCAGAAGGAAGUUCAGGUUGUACAACAAGAUUAUGCAUCCAUCAAUCAAAAAGUUGACAUUAUCUGUAAUGAUGUCACUAGAUUUGUCAAGCUAUAUGAAACAAUGAAUCCUCAGGUCAUCAAUCUUUCUGUACAGACUGCAAAACAUUUUGAUGAAUUGAAAUUUGUGCAAUUCGAAGCAAUCUUGCACAAACAAUUAUCACCUCUUGUUCGCAUAUCCAACCUUCUUCCAGCAGUAUCGGAUGCCCCACCUGCUUUCACAGGGAUGCAAGGGGGAGAAAAGAAGUUAGAAUUUACGAAGGCAGGGGAAAAUAUCAAAGAAAGCCAAGAAAUGAAGACUGAUGCGAAGGUGGUGGGAAAGGUAUUUCUUUCGAAUGUUUCUACUACAAAGCCAAUAAUAGUUUCAGCUGGUCCAGUUACUUCGACUGUGAUUACUACAACCCCAAUGACAAGACCUAAAUGA